AUGUCGCUUAGUGGGAUUCUUGUGCUUGUUUGGAGGGCCAGUUGCCAACCGUAUUGGGCUAAACUGGACGCUCUUGCUGGGCGCGAUCGGGUAUCCAAUAUAUUCGGAAAUGAGUGGUUCGUCCUGGUUGGGGCAGUAGCCUGUGGACUGUCGGCCGGCUUAUUUUGGGCAUCCGAGGGCGCAGUGGCUCUGGGUUAUCCCGAGCCUGGCAAGAAAGGCAAAUAUAUGAAGUGCGACAUCACUUUGGAAGACUUUCAUAGUUCAAAUGCUAAUUUGGGACAGCAUCUGGCUCUGGUUUCGCACGGCUCGGAGAACGCAAAGAGCAGAGGGAAGGUUGGAUACGAAACAUACUUGAUCUUCGUUGCACUACAAUGCGUUGCUGCGCCUUUGGCCAUAUUCCUAUCUCCACCGGAAAAGGUCCAGCGCAGUGAUGGAAGCAAGGUCAGGAUAGUGCUGCAAAACUCCUGGCGUGAGGAGUUUCUUGAGUUAUGGAAGCUCUCUCGUCGCAAAGAGGUCAUGUUGCUUCUACCCCUGUUUUGGGCUGCAUAUUUUAACCAAUAUUCCGGGACCAACUUCGCCAACCUCCUCUCCUCGGCAAUUAUCAGUCGCUUCUUGGACUAUAAGAAAAUAAGCACGAAGAACCGCAUAAAAUACAGCUUUUUCUACGUUAUUGCGGUGCACGUCGUGGCAUGGGUGUACGCCUGGGUGAUACAAGAAAAGUACACAGCCCAUCCGCCAUCGUACGACUGGACCGACUCCGGGUUCGUGGAAGGAUUCUUCGUUGUCCUACUUUGGCAGUUCUCUCAGCAGGCGCUGCAAAAUUGGUGCUACUAUCUGAUUUCCACAAUGACGGAUAACAUUUCCGAGCUAUGUGAGUGA